UAAGAAUAAGCAGCUCUUCUGGUCAGAUUUGUAUCCAAAUUGUUCCUGUUCGUAUAUUUCAAAUCGCGAUGAUAUUUUUAAAUGUAUUAAUUGUAUUGUGCAUCGUCCAACCGAUUUGUUAUGGGGAAGAGAAUGACCUUUCUCAAAACCGAUUUUAUAAGAACUCACUUGCAAUAAUGGAAGAAUUGGUGAUAGAUGAGGUAGUAGAGGAUGCAAACUUCAUCGCACCAAUCGGCAUUAAAAAGUGGUACAAGUUGGGCUUGGCGCACCACAACUUAAUUCUCGGCAUCCAGGAUAAGGAAAUCAAUCUGUUCACGCUAUAUAAGGGCGAGUCUAACACGGUGCAUACCAAUCAAAAGAGCCUUAAAUUUAAGGAUAGUAUUGUUGCGGCAGAUAUGUUCAAAAUUAAGAAUCACAACUUUCCUGAUUUAGAGGGUUACAUCUUGCUUUGCUUCAACAACCCUCGUCAUGUGAUACAGUGGUACAGAAUCACAAAUUUUCAACUUUUUUUAAUGUGGGAAUGGGAAAGGGAGAAAGAAAUUGAGGAUAUUUUGUACUUUUCCACAACCGGCGUUGACAAUAAACUACUGAUUGCCGAUAAAGGAGGGAAUGGUGUGAAUAUAUACCAGUUUGAAGUCACCUUCGACAGCCCACAUGUCUGGUUUGUUGAAAACCUGCCGUUGCAAGGUCCUGUGAAAAAGCCGAGUAUGAGUACAGGUAGUGAUGUCUUCCUUUCUCUCUUUGAGAACGGUAAACUGGCCAUUUUUACCCACGAGCUUUCCUGCUCGUCUAGCUCGGUCGGUAAAUUUGUAAGAGUUCCAGUUAACCUGAGCAUUCAAUUGUCGAAACAGGCCGAAUGGUUCACAUCGAGGGGUACUACCUAUCUGGCCACAAGUGGAGAAAUUGCCACUAUCUAUUCCUUUGACAAGAAUGGAACUGUGAAAAUAGUCAGCACUUUAGGCAGAGGACUUGAGCUGUUGAUAAUAAGAGUAAACAACAGAAAGAACGAUGUGCUAAUUUUGGGAAAAUCCAAAGACGGAGAGGUGUCAGUUUUUGGAUUUAGGGAAACCAUGGAUCAGAAAUGGAUUAAAAUGGAGAGUCCUCGAUGCCAAAAGAUAGUGAAUAUAACAGAGAUAAAGAAAAGAGAAGAUUUACUUUCAGGUUGCAUCGGAGGAUUGAAAUCAUGGGAUGGGGCGAUUUAUUUAGACACUUCUUACAUACACGCUUUACUCUUUGCCAACCGAGCAUACGAAGGCGAGCUUUUCUUCCUGCAGUUUUCCCUCCGCCCUGUUACAAUUAGCCAGCUUGACACUGUAUACAGGCUUGAGAAAUAUGGAAAGGAUUUAGAGGCAACUUGGUCAACAUUGAAAAUGUCGAUAGACAAAACGAUAUUAUCCGCGAGGAAUUCUAGUUUGAAUCAAUUCUGUGAAGUUUCCAACGCUUUGGCCGAUUUUGCCUUCAAAGUCACAGAUUUCAAGUUGAGAAUGGAAGCCUUUGACUGUACUUCAAAAGUUGACGGCCUAGCUAUGGAAAGUGCUAUACUGCCUGAAACAGAAAAAUCCCAAUCUAUGAUUCAAUACGAAGACAAUAUUAGCGUGAAUGUACAAGAAAUUGAAAUAGAAACUUACAAACCAGAUUUCAAAGAAAUCGUUAGAGAUAGAAUGCCAGGAAGUGAAUUGACUGACUCUAUAGCAGAUAUUUACAAAAGCCCCUUCAGUCCUAAACGAAGAUAUUAAUUAAUAUCUUUAU